CAGAAUCUUCAGUGAACCUUACCUUUUCGUACUUUAAGGUAUUCAAUAUUCUUAUGAUAAUCGCUAACUUCGCCUUCUUUGGAGUUUACAUGGAAGAUCUUGCUUUCUUCAGGAUUAUAUUACCCUUCCACAUUGCAUUUGCAAUCCCGAGUGUUUUGUGAAGCACAGUGUGACCUUGAGAAACCUAGGAGUACUGUUCCACUUGAUCCUUAUUGGAGCAUUUGUAGCUAAUUAUGUGAUACUUCAGACUUCGGAUGAUGAGGGAAGGUUCUUAUUGUUGUUGGCAAUCUUAAUCUACUUCACUUUACCUGGAGCUCUUAUCUCUCUCACCUACAUCCUUAUGGUAGCAUUCACAGUUGAUACUCCUAGAGUUGUCUAUGUGGCACACCCACAAUCUUUAAUGGAAACCCCAAUGAUGUAUGACUAUGAAUCUAACUUGCAGAAGCUCGAGAUUGUUCAGAUUGCUCAGUAGGAGGUUUGAG